CUUCAGGAAACCACUGGGGAAGUCACUUUUCACAAUAAGUAGUACUGUGAAACGGCAACACACACCACAGUCUAAUCUCUGGAGUCUCAAGAGGACUAGAAGCUCAAGAGGAUUAACCACAAGCUCACCCUACCUUUUGAGCCCUCUCCUCUGCCCCGGCAUGAUGCUUCCUCUCCGGGCUGUGCCGGGUCAGUUUGGCCCGGAGGUCCGCGAGCCGGGUCUGCGCGUGUGGAGGGUGGAGAAGAUGAAGGCCGUGCCUCUGGAGUCGGAGCGGCUGGGGGUGUUCUUCAACGGGGACGCCUACCUGGUGCUGAGCAACCGCGGAGAGGAGGGAGCUGACCUGCACAUGUGGAUGGGAGAGAAGUCCUCACGGGACGAGCAGGGGGCGUGUGCCAUGCUGGCCAUCCAACUGGACCACUUCCUGGGUGGACACCCAGUCCAGCACCGGCAGGUCCAGGGCUACGAGACGCCCGAGUUCAUGAGCCUCUUCCCCACAGGAGUCAGCUACAAGGAGGGUGGUGUGGAGUCUGGCUUUAGGCAGGCCCAGAGGGACCAGGGUCUGCUCCACCAUCUCUACCAGGUCAAAGGCAAGCGCAACGUCCGGGCCAAGGAGGUUGAGCUCAACUGGAAGAGUUUCAACAAAGGGGACUGCUUUGUCUUAGAUCUGGGGGAGACCAUUGUAUCGUGGAGCGGAUCAAAGGCAAACAUGUUUGAGCGCCAGAAAGUGCGUGAAAUAGCUGCGCUCAUACGUGACACGGAGAGAAACAGCAAAGCCCAGAUCAUUGAUGUCACAGAGGGGGAGGAGCCACUGGAGAUGGUUGAGGUUCUUGGACCGAUUCCACGUUUGGGAGAGAGUACACCAGAGGAUGACACCCACACAGACGUGUUGAACUCAGCCACUUUAUACAAGGUGUCUGAUGCCACAGGAUCCAUGUCACUGACCAUGUUGUCUGACAAAAGUCCUUUUUGUCAAGAGCUCCUAGAAAGAGACGACUGCUUCAUACUGGACAAUGGCUACAACGGCAAAAUAUAUGUCUGGAAGGGGCAUGGAGCCAAUUCUGAGGAGAAGAUGAUGUCUCUGAAAAUAGCUGACCAGUUUAUCCAGCGGAUGAGCUAUCCCUUGGAAACACAGGUGGAAAUUCUCCCCCAGGGCCGUGAAUCAAUCCUCUUUAAGCAAUUUUUCAAAAACUGGAGUUAAAAGAACUGGAGUCUACACACAUAUACACACUGAACUGUAGGGACACAAAAUGGAAACUG